CAUUUUAAAUCCAGUGCAGUUUGCUGUGUGUUGAACUUAAGAUUAAAUACGAACAAAAUAGAAAAACUAAAAGUUGCAAUGAGUAAAGGAUUAAUGAGAACCUGUUUUAUUUUAAAUAUUGUCGUACUUUUAUCCUUGGAGUGUCAAAGUGGCGAAUUACCAUCUGACAUUGUAAAAUGUACUGUAGGCGACAAUGACUGCGUUCGAGACAAAAUUAUGGAAGUGUUUCAGAAAUACCCUAAAGGCAAUCCAAAAUUUGGUUUGCCAAAUAUUUCUGCUCUAACAUUAAAUGAUGUAACCAUUGCACAAGUAAAGGGUAAUGCGCCCAUAACAUUAAACUUUAAGUUUCUGAAAAUGACAGUUUAUAAUAUGGAGAAGUCGAUUAUUUUAAACACUACGGGCUGGAGUAGGGAGCCCAAGAUUAUCGAAACCUACUCUUUUGUCGAUUUUGUGAAAAUUGUAGGGGAUUAUGAAUCGGAGGGCAAAGCCUUACUCUUUACACUGAAUGGAAAAGGCAAAGGGGUCGUUGAGCUGAGUAAUUGUACGACACACACAAAAUGGCGUUUAGAUUUUGAACAAAGAAGCGAUGGUAAAAAAUACAUUAAAGUGAGCAAACUUAAGGCAGUCAUGACGCCACAAAAAAUGGUGAUAAAACUGGAUAAUUUGGUUAAGGGCAGCAAAGAAUUGACGGAUAGUCUUAACUCGGCUCUGAAUGAAAACUGGAUGGACUUUUGGAAUGAAUUAAGCGAUGGUAUUGGCAAUUCCAUUACUCAAAUAUUUACAAAUGUGUUGUCUAGUGUUUUCAAUGAGCUAUCGUACGAUGACUUCUUCAGUACAUAAAAGUAGUAUGUACCACGAAUAAAUAAAAAUAAAUAAAUGAA